AUGAUAAAUUACUAUGACAUUCUGGGAGUGCAAAGAAAUGCAUCUGUGGAUAACAUUAAAAAGGCAUACCGAAAAUUGGCCUUAAAAGUUCAUCCUGAUAAAAAUCCAGAGGAUAGGGAGGCAGCAGAGAAAAAAUUCCUAGAAAUAUCAAAAGCAUAUGAAGUCUUAUCUGAUGCUAAAAAGAGGGACAUGUAUGACAAAUUCAGCCACAGGCACACAAGUGAAAAAGAGAGACGAAGGGGAGAAAGAGGUGACCAUGGAAGAAGAUAUAAUGAUGAAGACAGAGUCAAAGAAAGAGUUGUUGACAUUGAAUUGGGUGCUCAUGGCCCACACCUGAAUGUACACAUGGAAACAGACUCCUUUUCACUGAAUAUCUUCGGUGACCUGAUUGAUGACAUUUCUGCCUCCAUCAGAGGGGUAUCUCCAGUUGCAGGAACUGGAUUUACUUCGUUUGGUUCUAAAACCCCUGGGGGUUGCUCCAGUUCUUCCAUCACAUCUCUGAACAACAGUGGGAAUGUCAGGUUCAAAUCCAUCAUAACUACCAGAAAGAUUAUUAAUGGCAAAGAGAUCAUUACAAAGAGAAUUGUGGUGGAUGGCAAAGAAAGAGUUAAAGUUGAAGAGAAGCUGAUUUCUCACUGA